GGCGCUGUGUUUCCCCUCACAGGUUGUGGGCGGGAAGGGGGAGGAUCCAAAAUGGCGGCGGCUGUGAGGCAGGAGCUGACCCAGCUCAUGAGCUCGAGCGGCUCCCACAAGGACCUGGCCGGGAAGUAUCGUCAGAUAUUGGAAAAAGCAAUUCAGCUCUCAGGAGUGGAACAACUAGAGGCAUUAAAAGCCUUUGUAGAAGCAAUGGUCAAUGAAAACGUCAGUUUAGUGAUUUCACGCCAGUUGUUGACAGACUUCUGUACCCACCUUCCAAGCCUUCCCGAUGGUACAGCCAAAGAAAUCUACCAUUUCACCUUGGAAAAGAUCCAACCUCGUGUAAUUUCAUUUGAGGAGCAGGUUGCUUCUAUAAGGCAACAUCUUGCAUCAAUUUAUGAGAAAGAAGAAGACUGGCGGAAUGCAGCACAAGUAUUGGUGGGGAUUCCUUUGGAAACAGGACAGAAGCAAUACAAUGUAGAUUAUAAAUUGGAGACUUACCUAAAAAUUGCCCGACUGUACCUGGAGGAUGACGAUCCCGUUCAGGCUGAGGCUUACAUCAACAGAGCAUCUCUUCUUCAGAAUGAAUCAACCAAUGAACAGUUACAAAUUCACUAUAAGGUGUGCUAUGCUCGCGUUCUUGACUACCGAAGGAAGUUCAUUGAAGCUGCCCAGAGGUAUAAUGAGCUUUCUUACAAGAGCAUAGUCCAUGAAAGUGAGAGACUUGAGGCACUGAAACAUGCCUUGCAUUGCACAAUCUUGGCAUCAGCAGGACAGCAGCGUUCCCGUAUGUUAGCUACUCUCUUCAAGGAUGAAAGAUGCCAGCAGCUUGCGGCUUAUGGGAUACUGGAGAAAAUGUAUCUAGACAGAAUUAUCAGAGGGAACCAAUUGCAAGAAUUUGCUGCCAUGCUCAUGCCACACCAAAAAGCAACAACAGCUGAUGUUUCUAUUUCAGGUUCUAGUAUUUUGGACAGAGCUGUCAUUGAACAUAAUUUGUUAUCUGCAAGCAAACUGUAUAAUAAUAUUACCUUUGAAGAACUUGGAGCAUUAUUAGAAAUUCCUGCAGCCAAGGCGGAAAAGAUAGCAUCCCAGAUGAUAACAGAGGGUCGCAUGAAUGGAUUCAUUGAUCAGAUAGAUGGAAUUGUUCACUUUGAAACUCGUGAAGCCUUGCCGACGUGGGACAAACAGAUUCAGUCUCUCUGCUUCCAAGUUAACAACCUUUUGGAGAAGAUUAGUCAGACUGCCCCAGAAUGGACAGCACAGGCAAUGGAAGCUCAGAUGGCUCAGUAGACUUUCAUUUCCCCCGUUCUGUAGAUAUUGUUUGUUUAUAUUCAUCUAAAAAUGUGAAGCUAGCAUAAGAACUUAUGGCUUUGGCUCAACUUCUGCUAGAACCCUAACUAGACAAAGGUGUAGAUGUGUGUACAUUAUGUUUAAAACCCCAAAGGUUUAUCUUAAAGGUAUGGUAGUACAACAUAGACAUUAAGCUGUUUAAAAAAUAACUGAAUGGAAUACAAGAUGUUUUUUAAGUUUUGCAUUAAAAUUUCAGUUGUUUCGUG